CCAUACGCUGGCAAGUAAAACGCAAACGCCGCCUUUAGGGAGCUGUGGCGAUAACUCUUGGUUGGUGGAUAAUCGAUUUCACCCAUGGCGUCGCUUCCCUCUGCGAGUUUGCUUCCUUCUCCAUCGCUCGUCGUUCUAUCCCCCACGAAGAUCUCCUUCUCCUCGCGCUCGAUUGUUUGCUCUUCGUCCCGUGCCCAUGGUUUCUCGUCCGUCCCCCGUUCUUCGCCUAGCCUUGGGAUGACUAGAAGAGCAAAUCAUAAUAAGCUGCAAGUUGUGGCUAUGGCUCCUGAGGAAGAAAAGCUCACCCGUCGCAAUCCCCUCGAUUUCCCUAUUGAGUGGGAGAGACCUAAACCUGGGAGGAGGCCUGAUAUUUUCCCCAAGUUUAGCCCAAUGAAGACACCAUUGCCACCGCCCAUGCCUUAUGAUCCUCCAGCAGAAGACGAAGAAGAAGAGGAAGAGAAGAAAGAAGAGGAAGAAGAGAACCCUGACCAAGAAGAAGAGGAACAACCUGAGAAGCAACCAUAGUUUUUUAUAGUUUCGAAAUCUAAGUCUGUUUCCGAGUUUUGUAUUGUUUUUUUUUUGAAGGAGAAACAAAAAAGAAUCAAUCAAUCGUUCUCACUUUUUGUAGCUAGGAUCAAAUCUCAUGCUCGUGUUACUCGUGUGCUAUGUUUCGUGUAAUAGCGAUACACUAUCGUUUAUUCUAAUCCUCUCGAACAAACUGGAACUUUGUGUUGAA